UCUCCGCUCCCCGCUCGCCAUGCGCCGGGCGCUGCCGCCGCUCCGCGCCCUGCUCGGGGCCGCCCGCCCGCGGCUGCCGGCGCCCCGGGGGACGUGCGGCCCCUUGGCCGAGCGGAGCGGGCACAGCGCGCUCAGCGUGCUGCCCUCCUUUGGCUUUCUCUUUGACAUCGACGGGGUGCUGGUGCGAGGGAAGACCCCCAUCCCUGCUGCCAGAACAGCCUUUCAGAAGCUGGUCAACUCCCAGGGACAGUUCCUGGUGCCCGUGGUCUUUGUCACCAACGCAGGAAACUGCCUGCGCCAGAAGAAAGCUGACCAGCUGUCCCACCUGCUGGGGGUUCCAAUUUCACAAGACCAAGUGAUGAUGUCACACAGUCCUCUGCGAAUGUUCAAGCGUUAUCAUGAAAAAUGUGUUCUGGUGUCUGGACAAGGACCACUUCUUGAUAUUGCUCAAGACCUUGGCUUCUGCCAGCCCAUCACCAUUGACACCCUGCGGGAGAAACGCCCCCUGCUCGAUGCAGUUGACCAUGACAGGAGACCCAGCGUCCUGUCCCCCUCUGCUGUGGAGCUUCCCAAGAUUGAGGCUGUGGUGUUGUUUGGGGAGCCAGUCAGAUGGGAAACCAGCCUGCAGCUGAUCAUUGAUGUUUUGCUGACCAGUGGCUAUCCUGGAAAUCCCUACCAGCAGGAAAACCACCCUCACAUUCCUGUGCUUGCCUGUAACAUGGACCUGAUGUGGGUGGCUGAGGCACAGUCCCCAAGGUUUGGACAUGGAACAUUCAUGGUUUGUUUGGAGAACAUUUACAAGAAGAUCACUGGCAAAGAGCUGAAGUACGAGGCGCUGAUGGGCAAGCCCAGCAGGCUGACAUACCAGUAUGCAGAGCACCUGAUCCAGGCCCAGGCCCUGCAGAGGAGCUGGGAGCAGCCCAUCCAGACCCUCUAUGCUGUGGGGGACAAUGUGAUGACGGAUGUGUACGGCGCCAACCUGUACGACCGCUACCUGCGGCAGCGCUGCGGGCCGGGCUGCCAGCGCCGCCGGCCGGGCACGGGCACGGACACGGGCACGGACACGGGCACGGACACGGGCACGGACACGGGCACGGACACGGACACGGGCACAGACACGGGCACGGGCACGGACACAGGGCUGGGCUGGGAGCCGGAGCUGGCCCGUGCAGCUGCAGCCCGCUGCACGUCCGUGCUGGUCUGCACCGGCGUCUACAGCCCCCCGGCCCCCAGCCACAGCCUCACCCACCCCGCCUUCCACGGGCACCGGGACUUCGGCUUCGACCCCGCCCUGGUGGAGCCCGAUCACAUCGUGCCCGAUGUGGAUGCUGCUGUAGACCUGGUCUUCCAGCUGGAGAACUUUGCGCCUCACUGAGGUGACCUGGUUUCACAAGGACCUCUCAGUGCUGUGCUUCCCCAAAACACACUGUGCUUUACAACAGUGCUGCCUUCUAAAUUUUUUAACCUCUAAAUUAAUACAGUCUUCUAUUAGGUAUGCUUGUUAGGUAUUCUUCUAUUAGGUAUACAUGUGUGUGUCAAGUAUAUUAAAUACCAAUAAUGCUUUUUAUAGUGCUUCUAAAUAGGUGAACUUGGGCUUGAGUUGCCCAUUACUGUCUUCCUCUUUGUUAUGUGAGGUACUUCAACAGCAAUAUUUCAUAGCAGCCCAUCAUGUACUGCUACUUCAGUCCCUCUAUGACAGUACCUCCUUUUGAUUGCUGGAAGAUUUAGCUUUUAGGUGUUGAGGAUAUCAGAUUGUGGUGCUGUUCACUCAGUCCAUUCCACAUGGGCUGGUACAGAGCACAACAUGUGUCAGUGCCUGGCACUCUGCAAGUGCUGCCUGCUCCCUUCAGAGUGGAUUCCAUCUGGUCCACUUUGGACUUGCUCUCAUCUCCCUUCCUGCUGCCUUUCCUUGUGUCUCUUUUCCCAUGUCCCUGGAGUUUUUUGCUCCUCUCUGCUGUGUGAAGCCUUAAUUGUGUUGGAACUCCACAGUCCUGGAAGGGAAGCAGCAGACCUGGGGUGCCCUCUGUGGCCUUUUUGCCUUUCCAUCUGCACCUUUUUUUUUUUCUUUGUUUUGUUUUUUUACUAUUUUAUUUAGAAUCUUAGAAAGCUUUAGCAGUUUUAUUUCACGUGUUCCUGUGAGUUGGGACUUUCCACUGAAUCAGUGACUACUGCUUGGCCAAAAAGUGCCUCCUAAUUUACUUGAAGCCUCAUACCACUGUGGUAAAUUAACUGGCCUUUAGUGUAAUAUAUUUCAUCUCAUGUCAAUGUUAUAUGUUGUUUGGUUCAUGGAUUUUAUAGCUGUUCAUUUAAAAAGAAAAAAUAAUUUAUUUUUUGUUAUUUUUGUAAAAUACUUCUGAAGUUUUCAUCCCAAAGAUGUCUUUGAAAAUAUUUAUGUGUUAUUUGUUAUAACACAAUUUAUGUUGUACUUGUGACAUAAGAUUGGAAAGCAUAACCCAAUUAUUUGUCUUAAAACCAAAGUCAACUUACACACAAAGAUCAAUUCACAUUAGGGACUAGUCAGGUUUUUAGGGUUGGGUUUUUUUAGGAUUUUUUUGCAAAUUAGAAAUUGUCCAGACAAAAACCUGGGUGUUCAUUUCUCCCAGGUUCUUGCAGGGCUGGCAGAAUGACUUCCUGGCCAAAUCCUUCAUUGCUUGUUAUCCCAACAGCAGCUCUGAGAGCUCACAGCUGCUGUGAAGUCAGACUUUGUUGUUGUUUCCUCUGUUUGCAAAGCACUGUAAUCCCCUCUCCACUGUCAGGAUUGUUGAUUCAUCUCUUGUAAUGUUUCCCAAGUAGCUUUCAGUGUCUGGAUCCAGUGUCAGGACACUGCUCUGUAAAGUUUUAUUUCCUGCUUCUUCACUGGAAAAGUAUUUACAGCAGCACAUACUUGCCUUUUUAUUGGUACAACAAACCUGUUUCUUUAGCACUUUUCCUGUAAAAUACCAAGUAUUUGCAAAGAAUGCCAAAUCUAAGUAAAGACUCUAAUUUUGUAAGGUCACCAUGAUUUGAAGUCACAUUGUUUCAGUACCAAAGCCUGUUGCAGAACUCUCUAACAUGACCAGAAUCAGUGAAGCAAGGAAUAAAAAAUGCUGGAAGUUGCUGAAGAACAGAAAAUGUUCCAUUUGUUUCUUCCAUUUUUGUUUCUCUGCAAUGUGGAUAAACACUUCAAAAUGAAGGAACUGUAUAUAGACCUCUUCAACCUCAUCCCUCAUGGAAACAUUAACAUAAAAUGUGGUUACAGAAAAGGAAGACAGUCCUUUUUCUGCCACAUCACCAGUGAAAUGUAAAACCCUUUACCCAGUGCAGUUCUCCAAGCCUCAGGGUGCUCCAGGUUCUCCAGCUCCAUGGACCAACUCCAGCUUGCUGACUGGCAGAGCCUCAAAAAGCCAAAAUGCUGAAAAAGCAGCAGAUGAAGGAAAUAAAGGAAAGCAGAGAUAGUGACCUGGGUAACACUACACACAGAGGGCAGUUGCCAGAAGAGGUGGAAAUCCCUUUCCAUCAGUGUAAAGGGGAGAAGCUGGGAUUACAGGAAUUUCUCUGAUAUUCAGUGGUGAGCUUGUAUGCUCUGUAACUUGAACAGAAAUGGGUGCUGACAGAUAUCACAGCAUAUCUGACAGUGUGCCUUAAAACCUUUUGUCUAGACAAGGAGGAGUUCUUGGGUGAUGAAACAGAUCCUGUUUUCAACGUUGACAGAAACAGGCUGCACACUUACAGGUUUCAGUAAAGUGUUUCUGUGGUCACUUCUGGGAACAAAGCAGAGGAGUGCAGAUUCCAAACAAGUGGGUUUACUUGGUGUAAGGAUUGGUUUCAUUUGUCUCAUUCAGGCCACCUGGGACUCAGCUGGUCUUAAUUAAAAGUUCUCCUCCUUGCAUUGUGUUGGUUUUGUAUGCCCAGCUCAGAAUCCAGUACUGGAAUCUGGGAUCAUGCCUUACAGUUUAACACCCAGCAGGUCAUUGAUUUAUUUAUUGAUUUAGUUAUUGACCUUUUCCCAAAGCAGAAGCAGCACCUGUUGUACAGGUAAGAAUCUCAGAAUCAGAUUUUCAGUAGGAUUUGGGAUUGGUGUCUUGUUUUAUGGAAUUUUAUCUGGGAAAAUCCUUUCUGCUAGUUUUACAGCUAACUUCCUGCCCACAGAUGUGGAGAAAAAAUAUUCAUUGAACCUAUACUAUAAAAAAUAGAGUUGUUGGUUUUUUUUGCAGGCACAAGCUACAUAAUGAAAGGUCAGUUCACCACAGAAAAUGAAAAAUGUAGUGUGUGCAGAGCUCUUGUAUCCAAACUAUUUCACAUUCUUAGAUAAUUCCAGGGAAAGUUCCCAGAAAUGGAAAACAAUUUCCAAGUGCUCAUCACAUGCACUUAUAAGAAGCCAUUAAAAGGAAAUAAGUUGUUUUUUCCCCACACAGAUUUAGGAUCUCCAGUAUAAACGUGUAGAAGCCAUGAGAAAAUCGAGGUCAGUCCCUCCCAAGAGCAGGGUGUUGUUAAUUAUUUCCCUCUCACACGGACUCUGCAGCACACCAGUGCCAGGGCAGUCACAGCCACAAUGCUUCAGCAGUAAAAAUGUGUCCUUAAAGGGAAUUAACUGACAUAUCCAGCUCCACCCAGCACUCUGAGGAGCCAGCUCUAGAGCCUGGCCAUUGCACUGACAGCUCCUCUUUUGCUACCUGAGGCUGUUAUUGAAGCAGCAGACAAAGCAAACCGAGUAAUUCAAUAUUUGGCCCCUGUGCAUCACAAAUACCCAUCUGCUGACGUUCCAAUUAGAAAGCCAAGCAAAAAGAAAGGGGUGUUGCUGUGUUUAAUUUACAGCACUUCAAUAAAACCCAGGAUCUAAAUGUUCCCUUGGGGAGGUACAGUUGUAACUACAUUGUUCACACUUAAUUGCAAGCACUGGAAAAGUUAUCUGCACUUCCCAACACUGAGCAUUUCGGGUUUCAUUCUUCAUCUUCCUGCCAGCUCUGCUGGAGAAUUUGCUAAGUGGGAACAAUUGAAAGUGCAUGCAUUUCUGGAAGUGAUGGACAUCUGGGAGGGCAAGAGGAAGUUAGUUCAGCACCAUUUGUUUAAUUAAGAGUAGAUUAGAUAAUAUCAUGUGUAGGAUAGGAUACAUAAUUUCUUAAAAUUGAUUUUGCUUCUGAUCAUAUACCACAGCAAGGUACAUGCAUAAAGUAACAACAAAAGGUAUUCAUUGCCAAAUGUUUACUUUAAUUAAACCUUUUUUAAUGAUACACAGUACAAUGUAUCCACUACUUUGCUAAAAUUCACAACAAAAGCAGGUUUCAUGUUUAAAAAUACUUUUCAUAAUAAAUUCAUAAAUAGAUGAAGGUAAAGUAUAAAAAAUUACCGUAGUAUGCAAGCUUGCUCCCUUGUCUCCUCAUAUUCCAAAUCAUUUAGUCAGUAUUGUGAUAAGAAAGUUUAAAAGCAAAAUAGUUACUGAUGAUUAGAAAUGUACAGCCUGCAUCUCUCGAAGAAACCUUGAAAAGCAACAGAUUUGUCCUAGAAAAUGCAGAACCAUUUUAACACUGUUAUCACCCAAACCCCUCAAAUAAUUUUGGAAUGCAGUGAAUGAAUUCAAUAUGAAUUAGAGAUUUUCUUCCUUCCCCCCAGGAGGUGUGUGUGAGCCAGACUGGCUGGGAUGCUCCCUGCUCUGCAGCUGUGGGGUUUUUACCUGUCAGAUCUCAGCAAGUGAGGCACAGAAGAGGGAAAAGCUGGCUGACAGCAUAGAGCACAUCUGCCCAUCAGAAACCUGAAACAGAAAUCUUUAAACACAGCCACAAAGAACUAAAUUCACCUUCUGCUCAGGACAUGCCUGGAUCUAUUCUCUGUCUGGCAGGACACGGUCUGGUGUCCCCACUGGCUUCCCCUGUUUGGGAAUGGUUUUUGUGCCUCCCACCAUUCCAGCAUAACUCUGUGGGAAUCCCUGACACUGCACCACCAAACCUCAUCAGCAAAGUUAUUCUCCUCAUCAAUAUUAUCACUCUCUUAAGAAAGCAUUGAUUUUGUCAAGUAUCAAACAACUUUUCACACCUUAUCUAUUUUAAUAACAUUUAUAAAGGGAAAAAUCUUACUUAUGCACAGCAUUGAAAUAGGAAAUGAACAUGAAAAAUGCAGAAUAAUCAGGAUGCUCUGCCUUUCAUAUUAAUGAUUUUUUUUCUCUGAUCAUUAUUUCCCUUUAGUGCAAAAAUCACUUCCACACAAGUUUUGUGCUUUACUUGCAAUGGUACCGAGAUGCUUUUGAAGACAUUGAGAGGCAUCUGCCUGCAGCUUUCAUUUCUGUGUAAAUUCAGCUCUUGGCUCACUUUUAAAAAAAUGUCUUCAAGUUUUCAAGACAAGUUUGCAUGUUGUGUCCAAAGGACAAUCCUCCAAACCCUUGUUUUCAUGUACAAUAGUCUAGGCACCCAAAAGGAGCAAGAGCUCCACUUUGGGUGAAGUUCUUGGAAAUCUAUCAGUAUUAGCUAAUAGGAAAGCUAUUAGUGGUUUUAGCUGGGCUUCAUUUAGGUUUUUUCCUUUGAAAAACCGUUUUUUUUCCAGGACAGUAAGAGUAAGAAAAUCAUCAGGACUUCUCCUCUGUUCUUAAGUAUUCUCAUUUUUCUCAAGGUUUGUUUUGCAAAGCAAACGUUAGCAGGUUUCUGGGCCAACACUGAUUUGGUUUUAUAUUUACAUAAUUAUAAAUAUUUGUACAAGUUCCACCUGUGAUGAUGGACUGGAUGACAAACUGGAGAUAAAAUUAGCUUAAAAUCAAUGCAAAGGGUAACAAAGGCUCCUGGGAACCACAUUCUGCUGAUUAUUUCAUUUCAGUAUUUGCCUCUGCAUUCCACUCCCAAGUGCUACAAGGCAGAAAUCAAUGUCCCCUCCUGUGCUUUUGUAAUAUUUUUGCACACUUUGGUCCUGCCAAAAAGAAAUGAUAAAUACUAAUGCAAAUACAUGAUCAGCCAAGGGGAUCUGCUUAAAAGCAAUUACUGCACCACAGUCUUGUUAAUGUUCAACUGGCAGUAAACAGAUUUCUUGGCAAAUGUUUAUGCUGUGAACUCUGAACAAGCACUCCUGCAUUAUUCACUUGAUGUACAUCACUGCCCAUUUGUACCCUGAGAGCUGAAACUCAGGUUUUUACCCAUAAAUCACAGGUUUAUUGCUCCUCACUCUCUUCACCCAAAUAUCCUUUUGGUUUCAAUAGGAUUAAUGGAGUUAAACCAACAAUCUUUUUAAUGCCUCAAUUCCAUAGGUGUGUGUGAGUCCCAGGUUUGAUAAAGUCUUCAGCAGGGCAGUAAAAAAGGGAAGGGUUUGGUAAUAAAAAUAAACUUUUACUGACAGCUUAAGCACCACCAGCUGCUAACCGAAAAAAUAAACCAAAUCUUCAGGUUUCUUCUGAAAAAAA